UUAUUCUCCGUUUUUUUAUUUAACCUCUAAUAUUUCGCAGUUUAUAAAACAAUACUUAAAAGGUACUGCGUAACAUUAUUCGCUUAUUUUGCUGUUCCCAUUCAGUCUAAAAAUUACUCUUACUAUCUAAAUCUAAAACUGAAUUCAAUUCAAUUAUUUGAGUAUUACACAGUUUUCACUAUUUUCUAUUUUAAUGUAUAAACUAAAAAAUUAAUCAAAUUCUUACUAAAUUUUUAAUAUAUUCUAUUAAUUUGUUACGUGUGGGUCAUCCACCUACUGAACUGUAUAUUUAAAUAGUAAUAUUUUAAAAAUCUAUGGUAUUGCUUGCUCAAGUUUUCUUUAUCUACUAAAGACAUUAUAGUUGUAUGUAUAUAGUGUUGGAUGUUCUGCUUUAGGGUUUUUGGGUUGUAUGUGUUUAAGACAAUCAAGAAGGAAGAGGAUGUUGAAUCUGAUGGCCCACGCCUCAAUGAUAAGAUUACCGCCGAGACUGUAAGAUUGGUUUCCGAGGAAGGACAUUGUAUUGUGACUCUGAAGGAAGCUCUCAGACGGGCAAAAGAGCUCAAGCAUGACUUAGUUGAGGUCCAAAGAGAUGCUAAGCCACCAGUGUGUAAAAUUGUAGACUAUGCACAUGACAAGUACAAAAAAGAUCAAGUAGGAAAGGAACGUGCUAAGGCCAAGCGGGCUGAAGUAACCAUUAGACCUGAGGUCAAGGAAAUUCAUUUUACUCCAAAGAUUGAUGCAAAGGACCUACAGUUUAAAGCAAAGCAAGCAUCAAUACUGAUGGAGAUGUGAAGGAUGCAAAGGACCUACAUAUUUCUUUUUUGUUAACAUUCAUAUUUUAUCAUUCAACCCUUUUUUGUUUAACCAUUAAUAUUCCACAACUUAUAAAACAUCACUUUAAAAGUACUACAUAAUAUUAUUUACUUAUUCCUUUGUUACCGUUCAAUCUAAAUAUUACUCUUACUAUCUAAAAAUAGAACUGAAUUCAACUCAAUUAUUUGAGUAUCACACAGUUUUCACUAUUCACAAUUUUAAAGUAUAAAAUAAAAAAUUAAUCAAAUACUUACUAAUUUUUUAAUAUAUUCUAUUAAUUUUGUUAUGUGUGGGCCAUCCACCUAAUAAAUUGUAUAUUUAAAUAGUAAUAUUUUAAAAAGUAAUUUUAUUUACAUUUAUAUAAAUAAAUUCAUAAUUCUAAAAUAACACUAACUUUUAAGAAUAUCAAAAUUAUUUACACGCUUAGGAAACAUACCCUUUUAUUUUCUUAUUGGAAAAUGAACGAGUCUAAAGCUUUUUCACAUAUUAUAUGAGGAAAACUUGGAUUUUUCUAAAUUAGAUUCGUUUAAAUCGGAACAUAUUAAGAUGAGUUUCUUAAAUUAGAUUUUUGUUAUGUAUAUAUGUAAGAAUACUUUGUAUGUUGUAACAAAUAGAAUAAUUCAUCUCUUUCCUAAUUUUUUAACUCACUAUCAAUCCAUUUCUAUAAUCCAAGAUGAGGAAAUCCGUUCAACUCUUGUCUACGUUCUUAAUCGUCUUCAUUAUUCUCUCACUAGGAAUGAUGGCAGAUGCGAAAAAACAGUGUCCAUAUAAAAUUCCAAUUAGUAAAAAGUUAUCAUAUUGUGCUGCAACACUAUGUUUGGCUGAUUGUAAGAAGCAACAUGGAGCUGAUGCUAGUGGUAGUUGUUCCGAAGAAAAGGGAUUUUGUAACUGCGUUGCUAACUGUAAGGGUUCUCGCUAAGUGUUGUGAAUAUAAUAAUAUCCAACCAAAGUUUUAUACUAUAUUUUUACUAAUAAAUAUCUAAAUGUUAAAAUGUUUGUCUCAUAUUUGUGGAUCUAUUUAUAAUAAAUAAUAAUAAGAUAAUUAAAUAAAUACAAAUGUGAUUAACAAGA